AUGUGUUCUGUGCGAAGUACCUGUACGAGGUGCGCCCUCUUCUUCUCCAAACGCCGCAAUGCUUCAAUAUUGGGCGCAAUAAUAAUACUACAGCUAGUACUAUUUCAGCUAGCUUACUACUUUUACAGCAGGUCUUCACAGGCCGAACUUACAGUUAUGCAAGCACAGCUGGACUUGAAAUUGUUUCAACCCGUUCGCAAGGAGUCGGACUAUGUGGUGGUUGGUAACCGCUCCCAACAACAACAACAACAGCAACCUCAACAGCAGCAACAGCAGUCACACCUGUUACAUUCCCCAUCCCGUUAUUUCUGUGGUCUACCUGUCCCAAAGGGUGUCGAAGGACCAGAAAAUUUACAGGGUGACAUCGCAUUUCUCGGUGCAAUCGUUAUUCUAAAAGGCGGCGUUUCGCCCUACUGGUCCAAACAUCCAGGCUUUAACUGGACCAUUGAUGGUUCGCCGGACUUUCUCCUGGACUUUUCCGUCUUCUCCUCAGUAAUAUGCACUGGCAAACUCCUUGGAUUCACCAAGGACAACAAGCUUAGCCGUUUUCUCACAUUCCUCCAGGUAAGCAUGCCUCAAUAUUUAAUGCAGUUUGGCGGAAACCACCUCGUCUCGUUAUACAUCUGCACAUUCUUCGAACUACCUGACACACUUAAGAGACACAAAACUUAA